AUGGGAAAUAAACAUUUGAAAUUAUUAAAUCAAACAAACAAUAAUUCAUCAUUUCAGUCUUAUAUUUUAUUAUAUGAUAUAAAUAUUAUUUGGUUGGAUAGUUCUUCAAAUGAAAAAUCAGAUCAUAAUUUAAAAUUUUUAUCUGAACUUCGUCAAAUUCAUAAUUCUAUUCGAACAUUUAAUGAUGUAAAUAUUUGUGAAGAAUUUCUUCGAAGUAAAGUGAAUGAAAAUGAAAUUAUAUUUUUAAUUGUAUCUGGUACAAUUGGUAAAUUAUUUGUUCCACGUAUUCAUGAAUUAAUAUCUAUUGAUUCAAUUUAUAUAUUUUGUUGUAAUACAAAUCAUCAUGAAUUAUGGUCAAAUAAAUAUUCGAAAUCAAAAGGAAAAGUUUUUUCUGAAAUCUUUCAACUUUGUCAAAAACUUAAACAAGAUAUUCAACAUUCUCAAAAUAAUCUUAUUCCAAUACAAAUAAUAAAUAAUGAAGAACAAUUAAAUCAUCUUGAACCUAAUUUUAUGUAUUCACAAUUAUUAAAAGAAACAUUAAUUAAUAUUGAAUAUGAUGAAAAUGCUAAAAAAGAUUUUAUUCAAUUUUCUCGUUCACAAAUAGAUAAUUUAGAGACCGAUGAAAUGGAUAUUAUUGAAGACAUUGAAAACAAUUAUGAAAAAUAUACUCCAAUAUGGUGGUAUACAAGAGAUUGUUUUAUUCAUAAAAUACUUAAUAAAGCACUUCGAACAGAAAAUAUUGAUAUUUUAAUUAAAAUGGCUUUUUUUAUACGAGAUCUUCAUCAACAAAUUGAACAAUUAUAUAUUUCUCAAAAACAUGAUUCAUUUAUUGUUUAUCGUGGUCAAGGUAUGACUAUUUGUCAAUUUGAAAAAAUCUCAAAUUGUAAAAGUAAAUUAAUAUCAUUUCAAAAUUUUCUUUCAACAAGUCGUAAUAAACAAAUUUCACUUAAUUUUGCUCGUAAUGCUAUUCAAAAACCAGGUAUACGUGGAAUUAUAUUUCAUAUGAAAAUUGAUUCAACAAUAGUAAAUAUUUCAAGUCCAUAUGCGUCAAUAAAUGGAUUAGGUUAUUUUGAUAAUAAAGAAGAAGAAAUACUUUUUUCAACUCAUACUGUUUUUCGUAUUGAAAAUAUUCAACAAAUAAAAAAUGAAAAUAAUAUUUGGCAAAUUGAUUUACAAUUAACAACAAAUCAAGAUGAUAUACAACUGGAAAAAUUAACAAAACAUUUACGUCAAGAUAUACAAUCAACAACGAAUCCAUGGGAAAAUUUAGCUAAUUUAUUUUUAACAAUGAGACAAUUUGAUAAAGCACAAGAAAUUUAUGAAAAUAUAUCUCAAAAUAUUUCUCAAGAUGAUUAUCAACAAUUAGCUUUUAUUUAUCAUCAACUUGGUUGUGUUCAUAAUGCAAAAAAUAAUAUUGAACAAGCAUUAGAAUAUUUCCAUCAAUCAUUAUAUAUAAAAGGAAAUCAUGCACCAAAUAAUUAUUGUGGUUCACAAUUAGCUGAUACUUAUUUAAAUAUUGGUUCAAUUUAUCAUACACAAGGAAAUCUUGAUGAUGCUUUAUUAUAUUAUCAAUAUGCACUUGGAACAAAUAUAAAUGAUCAAAUAAUUUUAGCAUCGUUAUAUAAUAAUAUCGGAAUGGUUCAUAAAACACAAAAAGAUUUUUCUAAUGCAAUUAAAUAUUUUGAAAAAAGUCUUCAAAUUGAUUUAGUUCGACUUCCAUCAACACAUCCUGAUCUUGCUACAACAUAUUCUAAUUUAGGAAGUGUAUAUUUUGCUUUAAAUGAUUAUAUCAAUGCCUUAUCUAAUUAUGAAAAAGCUCUUCGGAUUUGUCGUUUAUCAUUACCACAUGAUCAUCCAUCUUUAUUAACAGCAAGAACGAAUUAUGAAAAUUCACUUAAUUUAAUGCCAACAAAUGAUUCAGAAUCAGCUUUAUCAGCACCUGUUCUAUCUCAAAGAAUACCAUUAAAAACAAAACUAGAUAAACGUUCAAGUAGACUAAGUGAAAAGAUUUCAUCUUAUGUACAAACAAUAAAAAGAAAAAAAUAA